AUGGGCUUCAUGCAACUCCACAUUGACGGGCGGACCUUUCGGGACCCUCAGAACCGAGAGAUCUUGCUUCGUGGGAUUAAUGUGGCGGCGGACGCUAAAUAUCCUAAGUCCCCGGAUAUUCCGUCUCAUGAAUCCAAUAAGUUCUUCGAGGGCGACAAUGUAUCGUUCGUCGGCCGCCCGUUCUCAUUAGAAGAGUCGCACAUCCACUUUCAACGGUUACGCAAGUGGGGAUACAAUACCAUUCGCUACAUCUUUACCUGGGAAGCCAUCGAGCAUGCUGGCCCGGGAAUCUAUGAUGAGGAGUGGGCCGCGUUCACUGUUGAGAUUCUGCGAAUCGCGAAGAAAUACGAGUUCUAUGUGUUUAUGGACCCGCACCAGGAUGUGUGGUCACGGUUUUCGGGGGGGUCAGGCGCGCCUCUAUGGACACUCUAUGCGGCCGGGUUCGAACCCAAGAACUUCAAGACGACCGGAGCAGCGCUUGUGCACAACACAUCCGACAAUCCUGCCGAAUUCCCCAAAAUGGUCUGGAGUACAAACUAUACUCGAAUUUUGUGUCAAACCAUGUUCACCCUGUUUUGGGCUGGUCGCGAUUAUGCACCCAAGGCUAUCAUCGAUGGGGUCAAUAUCCAGGACUAUCUGCAAAACCAUUACAUCGGUGCUUGCAAAUUUCUUGCCCAGAAGAUCCAUGAUGCGGGCGACCUUGAGCAUGAUGUUGUUAUUGGAUGGGAAAGCAUGAACGAACCUCAUCGUGGGCUUAUCGGCUUUCAGGAUAUUUCUGUGAUCCCUGCUGACCAACAACUGAAACUUGGAACAUGCCCAACUGCAUUCCAAGCUAUGCUGACUGGCUCCGGUCGCCCUUGUGAGCUCCCUACCUGGGCCUUUGGAAGCUUUGGGCCCUAUCAGACUGGGAGAGAGCUUCUUGACCCAGCUGGCGUCACGACCUGGCUAUCAACAGACCUUGAAGAUAGGAAGUACGGCUGGAAACGAGAUCCUGGCUGGAAGCUCGGUGAAUGUAUCUGGGCUCAGCAUGGGGUUUGGGAUACGUCUACCGACACGCUGUUGCAAAAGGACUACUUCUCCAAAAUUCCUCAGACCGGAGAGAAGAUGAACUAUGAGAAAUUCACUAACACUUACUUUUUGAAUCACUACCGCGCAUUCAGAGAUGCCAUUCGAAGUGUGUGGCCCCAAUCAAUCAUGCUGUGCCAGCCACCUGUGAUGGAAGUUCCGCCUGACUUAAAGGGCACCAUCGAUGAUGACCCAAAUAUGGUGCACGCGGUCCAUUACUAUGAUGGCUUGACACUGAUGACCAAGCACUGGAAUCGAUUUUAUAACGUUGAUGUAAUUGGAGUCCUCCGAGGAAAAUACUGGGCUCCGGCCUUUGGAGUGAAGGUUGGCGAGACUGCGAUUCGGAACUGUCUUCGCGACCAGCUGAAAUUCCUUCGUGAGGAGAGCAUCAACUACAUGGGCAAUCAUCCCAUGGUUUUCACAGAGAUUGGAAUCCCGUACGACAUGGAUAACAAAUAUGCCUACCAGACAGGAGACUACAGCAGCCAGACCAGUGCUAUGGAUGCCAACCAUUUUGCCCUGGAAGGCAGCACCUCCAAUGGCUACACCAUUUGGGUCUAUGAAACGGAGAAUUCUCAUAAAUGGGGCGACAACUGGAACGGAGAGGAUCUCUCGAUCUAUUCCGGGGAUGACUUGGAACUGCCCACGGGCGCUAUCAUUCCCUCUCAUAAUCCCAAUUCCCCUUCUUAUUCUGAGACUCACGGCAAUGUCGGUGGGGCUGAAAUUGGACCCCGCAAUCUCAAGCGCGCCCUGACGACACCCUCUAUCUCGAGCACCCAUUCCCAGGACCCACCACCAAAGGGCUAUCGGGCGGCCGAGGCAUAUUUGCGUCCAAGCCCUGUCUAUGUCGGCGGUACCUUGACUAGUCACGCUUUUGAUCUCCGCAGCUGCACGUUUACUAUGUCAUUGACUGCCAAAGCUCCCACGGACGCUCAGGCUCCAACGGAAAUUCACCUGCCGGAAUUUCACUUCCCCGUUGGCAACUUGGACGUGGAGAUCAGCGGCGGGAAAUGGGAGCUGGACAAUUACGAAGUCCAAUCAGUCAAGCUGCAGCGCCUACGGUGGUGGCAUGCUGAAGGAGAGCAAGAGCUAAAGGUUCAGGGUGUAAUACGUAAACCCGGGGGAAUUGCUAAUCCAGCAGGGGAGGAUAUAACAUAUAUGGAUCAAUGCCAACGAGGAGAGUGUGCUAUUAUGUGA